AUGCCUAAGAGGGUUAUCUUUGGGGAAAGAACAGGAUUCUUAUGCAGCAGCACAGAGGACGAAGAACCUCCUGUUGCUGCUGCUGCUGCAGCAGCAGCAGCAGCAGGAACAGCAGGAGGAGGAGGAACAGCAGCAGCAGUAGGGACGACGCAGCAGCAACAACAGUCACAAAGAGGUACAGAUGCAAGAAAAAGAAGGCAGCAACAGUCUAACAGCAACAGCAGCAGCAGCAGCAACAGCAACAGCAACAGCAGCAGCAGCAACAGCAGCAGCAGCAAGGAGGAUGAAUGGGACAUUGGUGGUUGUGAUUUUUCUUUAUCUUUUUCUUUACCUGCCUUUGCUGCAGCAGCAGCACCAGCAGCAACAGCAACAGCAGCAGCAGCAGCAGCAGAUUUAGAUCCUGCUGAUGCAUCUUUGCUGCUAUCCUCUGAUGAAGAAGACAACAGCAACCAUCAGCAGCAGCAGCAGCAGCAGCAGCAGCAGCAAAGGAAGCAGACACAAUUACCUUGGCUACAAGAUAAGGCAGCAGCAGCAGCAGCAGAAGCAGCACUAUUCGCAAAAGAAGCAGCAGAUGCACAAUAUACACCAUGGCCUACUGCAGCAAAUAAUAAAUAUAAAGAUUUACCAUUAGGUCUGCAACAAUUACCAUUAGGAGGAGAAGUAUUAAGAUUAAUUAAUAAUUAUUAUAUUAAUAAUCUUUCUUUUGUUUCUUUUUUCUCUUUUUCUUCCUUAUUUAAUCAUAAAAAAACUAAUAUUAAUUGUGAAUGGCAGGUAGUAUACGUAGAUGGUUGGCCUCAUGUAUUGCUGUCGUCAAUACCUGGGGUGUCUAUACACCCGGGGGAUCAGCUGUAUGUAGACUAUGGAGGUAGAUGGGCAGCAGCAGCAGAAGCAGCAGCAGCAAGAUAUAUACGCAUGCAAUUAAGAACAUAUAGAUAUCUACAAAGAUAUAAUAAUAAUAAUAAUAAUACAGUAGCAGCAGCAAAUGCUGCAGCAGCAGCAGCAGCAGCAGCAGCAGCAGCAGCAGCAGAAGCAGCAGAAUUAGAUGAUGAUGAAGAUGUAUACACUAGUGAUCAAUUAUGUGCACUUUGUUACUCUAAUUCUUUACCGCAGCAGCAGCACAGCAGCAGCAGCAGCAGCAGCAGCAGCAGCAACAGCAACAGCAACAGCAACAGCAGUAGCAAAGGUCAAUCCCGUAAACAGCAGCAGCAGCAGCAGCAGCAGCAGCAGCAGGAAGAAGAAGAUGCAGAUACACCAGGAGAUGAAGGAAUUGUAUGUGAUGGAUGUAAUAGAGCAUUUCAUCUACGGUGUAUAGCCAGCAGCAGCAGCAGCAGCAGCAGCAGCAGCAGCAGCAGCAACACUAGUAGAUAUCCACCACAGCAUCUUGAAUGGUUCUGCUGCUUCUGUGUACAAUUCGCUAAAAGGGUACUAAAGGGGAGGGGCCCCCAGGGGGGCCCCCAUUAUGGUGCAGCAGGAGGGGGAGGAGACCAUAUGAGUGCUGCAGCAGCAGCAGCAGCAGAAGCAGCAGAAGCAGCAGCAGCAGCAGCAGAAGCAGCAGCAGAAUUACCACCACCAGAUCCAUCCCUUGUUCUUCCUCCAGGUCUUAAUGAAGCAGCAGCACUUGCUGCAGCAGCAGCAGAUGCUGCUGCUGCUGCAGAUGCUGAGAAUAAUUCUGUUGCUGCUGCUGCUGCUGCAACAGGAGCAGCAACAGGAGCAGUAACAACAGAAGCAGGUACAGAUGCAGCAGCAGCAGCAGCAGCAGCAGCAGCAGCAGACGCAUCAGCAGCAGCAACAUCACCGUCAGAAGCAACAAACGCUGCCUCCCCUACCCAAGCAGCAGCAGCAGCAGCAGCAGCAGCAGAACCAUCAACAGCAGCAGCAGCAGCAACAGAGCAAGCCUAUGGAGGGAGAGUAUUCCCUUCUUUUUCUGCUGCUUGUGCUGCUGCUGCUUCUACCCCCCCUCAAUCAAUAAGAGGGGGCCCCCCCUUAUCUGCAGCAGCAUGGGGCCCCCAUAUAAGAAUGGGUACCUCAGGGGGCCCCCCUCUACCUGAUGGGGGCCCCCUUGAAAUACUUAAACCCUGCAAAGAAUGCAGAAAACAAUUCGGCAAAGAUGCUAAUCCUAUUACAUGCAGGGUUUAUCAAUUACACUUCGAGGCGAGUGCAGCAAUUGAUGGAGAUUGGGGAAGAAAUCCUCUGCAAGUCUCUCGUGCUGUUAUUGGAGAGACAAAGAUAGAAAGAAAAUUCAAGGAAGGAACUUUUAUUGGGACAGUAAGGGGAUUAGCAGCAGAUAAAAGAGAUGGAUCCCCUUGGGUUGUUAUUGACUAUGAGGAUGGUGAUGAGGAGUGGGUAUUACCUCGUGUAUUUACUGAGCAGUUGCUGCUGCAGUCAUUAAAUGCUGCUGCUGCUGCUGCUGCUCCUACUAAUAAGGAGACAGCAGCAACAGCAGCAACAUCUUUUGCUGCUCUUUUUCGUUAUGAUUUGUAUCCUUAUAUUACUAAGGAAGGAGAAAGAAAACAAAAAAGAAAUAAACAUUUGCUGCUGCAGCAAUUGCUGCAACUGCAGCAGCAGCAGCAGCAGCAGCAGCAGCAGCAGCAACAGCAGCAGCAGCAGCAUCUUAGUUUUAAUUGGGGAGAUAGAGAUGCUAUUCUAUUUAGACAGAAGCAGCUGCUGCAGCAGCAGCAGCAGCAGCAGCAGCAGCAAUUGGUGUCUCCUGCAGCAAGAAAUAGAAGAACUGCUGCAUUAGGACAUAAAUUUGCUGCUGCAGCAGCAAACUAUAACAGCAGCAGCAGCAGCAGCAGCAGCAGCAGCAGCAGCAGCAGCAGCAGCAGUGGGCUUAGAUCUAGUAAACGAUUAAGGAGCCAAAGAUGGUCAGAGGGAGACGAAUCACCAGGAGGCUCCCGUGUCAGUGCAGCAGACACAGCAGCAGCAGCAGCAGCAGCAGCAGCAGCAGCAGCACCAACUGGAUAUUCAUACAGCAACAGCAGCGAGCAGCAACGCAAUUUCCUUUCCUCAGGAUCUCCUGCUGCAGCAGCAGAACCAACAGCAGCAGCAGCAGCAGCAGCAGCAGCAGGUGAUGAAACUCAUGGUCGUGUAUGGUAUGGAGAGCAGCAGCAGCAGCAGCAGCCAUGGGGAGCAGCAAGAGCAACAGCAACAGCAGCAGCAGCAGCAGCAGAUGGUUAUUCUUACAAAUAUUUACCUAAUAAGAGAGUAGGUAAGAGGAAAGGAGAGCAGCAAACGCGACGUCUUGCUGCAGCAGGACCUGCUGCUGCUGCUGCUGCAGCAGCAACACCACGAGGUCAUUAUAUGCAGCAGCGGCAGCAGCAGCAGCAUCGCUAUCAGCAGCAACAGCAGCAGCAGCAGCAGAGAGGGAGAGGGACAAGAGGGAGGGCAUUAAGGGAUAUGUAUUCCCUUAGUGAGGAAUCAGACAGCAGCAACAGCAGCAGCAGCAGCAGCAGCAGCUUAUCCUUGUUAUCUAAUGCAGCAAGCGAUAGCGAGGAUGGUGUUGCUGCUGCUGCUGCUGCUACUACUACUCCUCCUCCUCCUCCUCUACGCCCCCUUCCUAGCAGCAGCAGCAGCAUCAGCAGCAGCAGCAGCAGGAUAGGCUUUGCUCGUGCUGCAUCUAUUGCUUUCCCUCCUGCUGGUGGUGGUGUAGGGUUUGCUGCUGCUGCUGCUGCUGCUGUAGGUGAUGGUCCUCUGCAGCAGCAGCAGCAGCAGCAAAUAUGUCUAGAAAUGCUGCUGCUGCUAGCUCGUCAUGAGAAGCUAUGGAACAGCAGCAGCAGCAGCAGCAGCAGCAGCAGCAGCAGCAGCACGACACCUAUCUCCACAACCACAGCAGCUACGCCAACACAACAAACGCCAGCAGCAGCAGCAGGAGCAACCAACAGCAGCAGCAACAGCAGCAGCAGCAGCAGCAGCAGCAAAUAUACAUGGAGGGAAGGAGACUUUUAUUAUCAUUAUAGUAAAUUAUCUCAAUCUAAUUUGCUGCCGCAAGAAGUUUGCUGCUAUUGGCAAUCCUUUAAGCCGCUGCUGCAUGCGCUGCUGCAGCAGCAGCAGCAGCAAGGGGGCCCCGUUGCUGAUGCUGCUGCUAAGGCUGUAUUCAAGCAGCACCCUGAGCAGGUACAGGCUACUGUUGCUAAUCUUGCUGCUGCUGCUGCUGCUGCAGCAGAAGCUGCAGAAGCAGAAGAAGCAGCAGCAGCAGCAGCAGCAGCAGCAGGGGAGCCAGCUGCUGUUGGUGGUCAUGCAGCAGCAGCAGCAAACUCACCUGCUCAGCAGCAGCUACAGCAACAGCUACAACAGCAGCAGCAACAAAUGCAGCAACAGCAGCAGCAACAGCAGCAAGUACAACACCCACAAAAUAUGCAUCCUAUGCAACAGCAGCAGCAGCAGCAGCAGCAGCAGCAAGAGCAACAGCUGCAGCAGCAGCAACAACAACAAUAUCUCUCAACAAUGAACCCGCCACAGCAGCAGCUGCAGCAACAACAACAGCUGCAGCAGCCACAGCAGCAGCUGCAGCAGCAGCCACAACAACUGCAGCAGCAGCCACAGCAACUGCAACAGCAACAGCAACAGCAACAGCAGCAGCAGCAGCAGCAGCAGCAGCAGCAGCAGCAGCCGACUGAAAACCAUAGGGGGGACCUGCUGCAGCCUACAACAGAGGCCAACGCAGCAGCAGUUGCUGCUGCUCCCGCAACAACAGCAGUUGCUGCUGCCCCUGUAGCAGCAGUUGCUGCUGCCCCUGCAGCAGCAGUUGCUGCUGCUCCCGCAACAGCAGCAGUAGGUGCUGCUGCUCCUGCAGCAGUAGGUGCUGCUGCGCCUGCAGCAGCAGCAACAGCAACACCAGUUGCGACAACAGCAGCUGUUCCUGAGGCAGCAGCAGCAACAGCAGCAGCAGCAACAGCAGCAGCAGCAACAGCAGCAGAGACAGGAGCAGCAAAGCUGUCCUCUUCUUUGUCCCCGCAAGACUCAACAAAGACAUUAAUACCCGACAGCAGCAGCAGCAGCAACAGCAGCAGCAGCAGCAGCAGCAGCAAUGAGGCGCGAUCGAGUGCUGGGCCCCUUGAGGGACAGCAGCAAACAGCAGCAGCAGGAGCAGCAGCAACAACAACUGCAUUAGCAAGUGCAGCAGCUCCUGCUGUAGCUCCUGCAGCAGCAACUGCAGCAGUACCUGCAGCAGCAACUACAGCAGCAGCAACUCCUGCAGUACCUGCAGCAGCAGCACCUGCAGCAGUAACUGCAACUCCUGCAGCAGCAACAGCAGCAGCACCUGCAGCAGUAACUGCAGGUGCUGCAGCUGCAACUGCAGCAGCCCCUGCAGCAGCAACAGCAGCAGCACCUGCAGUAGCAGGUGCAGCAGCAGCAGCAGAGACAGCCGAUGCUGCUGCUGCUGCUGCUGCUGCAGUGAGGCAGAGAGACACUGUAGGUGGAGAUACACCGUAA